UAAUUGGAUUAAUCUAAGAAUAUUAAAUUCAUAAUAUAAGUAUAUUGACCACUCACUUUUUUUUCUUAAAUUUCCUAAAGAACUUCAAUUGAUUGAAUCCCACCAAAUCAAUUUUUAUUUGUUAAUUUUUUCACUUUAUUUGUAUAUAUAUGUUUGUUGAUAUAGUUUGCUUCUUCAACCCUCCAAAACAAUAAAAAAAUGGUUUUUUUUUUCUUUAAUUAUUUUCCUUAAAGAAAAGAGAGUUAAUGAUUCUCACGACCAUUAAAAAAAAACCAAGCUUUGAAGAAAAAGACUCAUUCUUUGAUUUGAUCCAAUCCAAACCUUCUUUCUCCUUCAAAGGGUAAAGCCAUGACUGAGGUUCUUCAUUCUUCUCCUUCACAUUUCCCUUCUUCUUCCAUUGAGGAGAGAGAAAGAGAAAGAGAGAGAAAUUCUUCUGGGGUGACUGACUGUGACCCAAAUGGUGAGGAAGUGAAUGACACCGCCGGUAACGGUGACGGUGAAGGUGGAGGUGAAGGUGGUGGUCAACAUUUGACUCUGUUGGCAUUGUUAGUGGCUCUUAUAAGAAAAUCUUUGUUUGGUUUUAAGUUUGGAGAUAAAAAAGGAGAGCAGCAACAACAGCAAAUUUGCUCAAUGGAAAUUGGUUUGCCUACUAACGUGCGCCAUGUUGCGCAUGUUACCUUUGAUAGGUUUAAUGGUUUCUUGGGUUUGCCUGUUGAAUUUCAGCCUUUGGUUCCUAGUAGAGCCCCUAGUGCAAGCAUAACUGUGUUUGGAGUUUCAACGGAAUCUAUGCAGCUAUCAUAUGAUUCUAGAGGGAAUAGUGUACCGACGAUUCUCUUGCUCAUACAACGUCGAUUAUAUGCUCAAGGAGGCCUAACGACAGAAGGGAUCUUUAGAAUUAGUGGUGGAAAUAUCGAAGAGGAGAUCGUUCGGGAUCAAUUAAACAGAGGAGUUGUACCUGAAGACAUUGAUGUACACAGUUUGGCAGGGCUUAUUAAGGCUUGGUUUAGAGAACUCCCAACUGGGAUUCUAGAUUCUUUAUCACCCGAGAAAGUAAUUCAAUGCGAGACAGAAGAUGAUUGUGCAGAAGUUGUUAAGCUUCUUCCCCCGAUCGAGGCUGCUCUACUAGAUUGGGCCAUCAACUUGAUGGCCGAUGUUGUCCAAUUCGAAGAUGUAAACAGGAUGAAUGCAAGGAAUAUCGCCACCAUUUUUGCACCGAACAUGACUCAUAUGCUUGAUCCUUUGACUGCACUUAUGUAUGCAGUCAAAGUCAUGAAUUUCCUCAAAAUGCUCAUCACUCUAAAGCUAAGAGAAAGAAAAGAAUCGAUAGUUGAUCCCUCUCCCGUUCGUGAUUUAGAACCUUUCGAUGAGAAUGGACACGAGAGCUCAUCACAAAUUUGCAUCCAAGAUACUUCUCAAGAAGAGGAAGAAGAGACAGAGCUCGAGUUGAAAACCUAUCUCGAACCUAAUCAAACUAGUCACUCGAAGAACAAAGAGGUUUCGAGUUUAACAACAAGCUCAGAUGACACCUUGGUCAACGAAACAAAUGAUGGCAAAGCUCAAGAAAGCCCGAGAAAGAGCAAGAACACCGGUGGUCAAUCGAGCAAUUCGAGUCUCAAAAAGGGAUUGUCAAGAAAAGUAAUUGUGGAAGCAAGUGUUAAUGAGAAAAGGAAAGAGAUUAGAAAACUGAGUCGGAUGAAUUCGAGGAUGGAGCUCAUCGAAGCAUGGCUUUAAACCCGAAAAAAAGAAGAUUUAACAUGAAUAAUAAUAAUUCAAGGUUGAACCUUUAACUGUUUUUCAUGACAUUGUUGGCAUUUUAAGUUUGAUAUAAGUUUGUGAAUUUGUUUUUCUUUUUUUGAUUUGAUCUCAUGGAUGGCAUUAUUCUCUUAAUAUUUUUCUUGUGUUUUGA